CCAGAACAAGGUUUAAGCAAAGUAACUGAGAUUUGGCUAUGAACCCUAAGAAUCUUGGGAAAAUGGUUGAUUCAAAUGCUUAAUAAGCCCUAAUUUCAGGUUGCGAUGUUAUUAUCCAGAAAUCAGAGAAGAGUUCAUAAACUGUUGAAUAUGAUUUCAAAUCUCAACUACUGUAUAACUUUCUCAUCUAUUCCUCGUCAAAACCCAGUUCAAAGGUUCGACCUUUCUCGUGUUUCAGUUCCAUUUCGGAGUUUUCAGAUUGAAAGCUGUGUUCGUCAGGAUAAAUCUAAGUUACAACAACACUCGUCUCACUUACCAACUAGGUUUUUCGUUAAUCCGGUAUCAAGGGCUAGUAGGAAUCAAGCUCAAGAAGCUCUUUUUGAUUACUUGCAUUAUACUAGAAGCUUUACUUUUACUGAUGCAGAGCAUAUAAGUAAGAAUUCUCCUUGUUUUAUGUCGACUUUGUUGUCUAAGAUUGAUGAUAAUCAGAAAGAUGUAUCCAAGGGAUUGACUAAGUUCCUUAGGUACAAUCCGAUAAACGAGUUUGAACCGUUUUUCGAGAGUUUGGGUUUGUGUCCUUAUGAGUUUGAAACGUUUCUUCCACGGAAGCUAAUGUUUUUGAGUGAUGAUGGUAUCAUGUUUGAGAACUUUCAUGCUCUUUGCAACUAUGGGAUCCCGCGUGGUAAGAUUGGCCGUAUGUAUAAAGAAGCGAGAGAGAUUUUUAGAUAUGAAUCUGGGAUGUUGGCGAUGAAGCUAAGGGGUUAUGAGAAUUUGGGUCUUAGUAAGGCUACAGUUAUUAAGUUAGUUACUAGUUGCCCUUUGCUACUGGUUGGUGGGAUUGAUGCUGAGUUUUCUUCUGUAGUUGAUAAGUUGAAAGGGUUACAAGUAGGAUGUGAUUGGCUUGGGCGGUACUUGUCUGACCGGAAAACAUAUAGCUGGCGCAGAAUUCUGGAGACAAUAGAGUUUCUUGAUAAAGUGGGAUGUAAAGAGGAGAAGUUGAGUAGUCUUUUGAAAACGUAUCCAGCUUUGGUAAUCGAAGGCUCCGGAAAGAAAUUCUAUGUUCUGUUUGGUAGGUUGUUUAAAGCGGGGCUUCAAGUGAAUGAGAUUUAUAGGCUAUUUAUAGACAAUCCAGAGAUGUUGUCAGACAAAUGCGUGAAAAAUAUUCAGAAGACGUUGGAUUUCUUGAUUGCUAUUAGAAUGGAAACGCAGUUUAUCACGAAGAUUUUGCUGAGUCAUAUGGAGCUUAUUGGUUCAUGCUCUCUGCCAGCACCUAGAACUGCUUGUCUUAGUUUGAAUGUUAAACAAGACGAGCUAUGUAAGAUCUUAAAGAAAGAGCCUUUGAGAUUGUUUUGUUUUGUUUCUACAACGAAGAAGAGAAAAAGCAAACCUCUUUCGGAAGACUCGAGGAAAUACUUAGAGAAGACAGAGUUUUUGUUGAGGCUAGGGUAUGUAGAAAACUCGGAUGAGAUGGUGAAGGCUCUAAAACAGUUUCGAGGGAGGGGAGAUCAGCUACAGGAGAGAUUUGAUUGCCUUGUGAAAGCCGGUUUAAACUAUAAUGUGGUUACUGAGAUCAUCAGGCAUGCUCCGAUGAUACUUAACCUGUCUAAAGAUGUCAUAGAGAAAAAGAUACAUUCCUUAACCGAACUUCUUGGCUAUCCAAUUGAAUCAUUGGUAAGGUUCCCGGCAUAUCUGUGUUAUGAUAUGCAGAGGAUACAUCACAGAUUCUCAAUGUAUUUAUGGUUGAGGGAAAGAGAUGCAGCAAAGCCAAUGCUGUCACCAAGCACUAUUCUCACUUGCGGUGAUGCCCGGUUUGUGAAGUAUUUUGUCAAUGUCCACCCUGAAGGUCCAGCCAUUUGGGAAAGUAUAAACCAAUCAUCUACCUGAAGUUAAGGUUAUUGGCACUAUUUCUUGAAUUUAGUACAACUGAGACAGUGAAGGGUUUUUGAUAUCAAUGCCACCUAAUGAAUCAAAAGGAAGAGUUUGGAGAAUUCCGGAACAGAGAGAUCCAUUAGUGUUAGCCGAUGCUUGUGAAAGAGCAAAUGAAGUAUGUGCUGAGUUACAGAUUUGAUGCAGAUCUAAAAUGUUGCGUGAAUUCAUUGGAAAUAUUCUUUAGAUAGUACUGAGAAGAUCUGCAAAUUGUUUGUUGGAAUAUUCCUCCUUAGCCGUCCUACAACAUCUGUCCUGCAACAUCUGUCCUGUAAACAAACAGAUGGACACGCAUAACAUUCGAAGGAGACAGUACUGAUGAUUUGUCCAGAGUCUGUUACAGGUUACUGAAAGAUCUCUCAUGUGAUUCAUAUACUCUUUAGUAAUAGUUAGCUUGUGUUAUGUAAUUGACUGCUUCAGUUCAGGUCUAAAGGAAAGCAAAUAUUUUUGUAACAAUUGAAGACAUAAAUCCAAGUAGUAGAAUUUUCUGACCAAAUAAGCAAGCAAUAUGUUCUAAAUGAUUUGGAUUCAGAGCAUCAUAUUUUUCCUUUACACAUUUUAAAAAUCAAAAUCCCUUGUAAUACAAAUUGAACCUAAAGCCAAAAUGGGAUCUUCAAUCUUUUCAAAGGAACUAUCUCUAUUCUCUAGUUCCUGUUUUGCUAUCAGAAGCAGGCUUAGAUUUUGGUAUUGAGAUUAAUUCAACACGAGGAUCUUUCCCCUGAGAAAGUGCCUGUUUAGUAAUUCUCUUGCAAGAAGCUUGAAAAUCUUUUAACUAGCUUAACAUUUUUCU